GACGACUUCCUGCGUUCUCCGGAAAUGGAAUGAGAAACAUGGCGUCGCACAGGGACGACAGAACGAAAAAUCCUACAACAAACGCUGCUGUAAAUAUUCCUAAAAUCGACCUUCUUCUUCACCCGGAGCUCCUUUCUCAAGAAUUCAUUCAGCUCGUUUUACAUGAGAGGGGUAUACCGGUCGAUGGUGAUGUGGACCGUGACCGGCUCACAGAUAUGUACCUGCGGCAUGUCAUUCCACUCCCGCAGAGAGAUCUUCCCAACACACGCUGGGGGAAGAGAAUGGAGAGGACUAGAGCACGACAGUGCUCCUCCAGUGCACACAGUUCAAGCUCAGAUAGUGGCAGGAAGAGGCCAUUGAUCGUUUUUGAUGGCAGCUCUACCUACACUGGCAGUGUUAAGCUGAAGAAACCUGAUACAUCGCCAGCACCUGUUACCACAGAUCGCCUGAAGCCCCCAGUGUCUAGUGUCAGUCUGUCAAACCCCAUUCGCAAGCUCUCUGGAUCCUCUUCAAAUGGUUCUUCCUCCUCAUCCUCAAAUUCCCACAAUAAGACCCCAGUAUCCACACCAGGAGCCAGCCCCAAGAGCCCUUCAGGCACCUGCAAUAAUUCUAACACUGCCAAUUCCCUGGUACAUUCUAACAAUGCGACACCCAAGCUAAAGCGCACAGCACCCAGUGAUGGAGAACCUCACACUGCUAAGGACAUUAAGUCACCGGAUAUGAAGAAAAGGAUUCAGCAUGUCACUUGGCCAUAAUCUCAGAUCACAACUGAUCAACUAUGAUGGACCGUUAAUUCCACUGUUUGCUGGGCCAUAAUGAGACACCUGAACUCUAAAGAUUGCUUUUCCCCAGUACUUCAGACAAUUUAAUAUGAAAUCAAUAUAAUUUUACUCCAGGAGACUCAUCAGCAUUAGACUUCUAGUGUUGAAGGAACUGAGAUAUUCCUGGCAGUUGUAUGUUGGACUGCUCAAUUAAUCAACAAGUAUCAACUGUGUACCCCCUUCUUCCCCUUUUUGGCAAUAUGGUUUUUGAACUAUCUUCCUUGUGGUGAUUAAACUUUCCAAGUGUGUUGGCAAAUCAAACAAGCCAAGAGAAAUUGGAUUGCAAAUAGGAAUCCUCUUGGCCUGUGUUGGUCUGUGUCCUAACCAGGUGCAAUCUGACCAUUUUCCAGUAACAAUUUGUCUGUCCACACUAAAGGUAAAACUACAAUGUGACGUGACACAGUUGCAGCCAGUUAGAAUAUAUGUGAUGUUUAAAGUAAAAUUAUGAGGAACAGGAUUUUUAGACCAAUAAGAUCACAGUGGGUGGAGCUAUCAACAGAAUGCCACAGAAAGCUAAUUUCUUGUCACUGUUGCAGCUGGUUAGGACAAACAAUUUGCUUAAAUUAUGGCUUUUAUCAAACGUUGCUUUACCAUCUCACACCUGGUUAGUGCAUGAUGUAAGAGGUGGUUGCUGUGUUUUUACUGGCAUAGGAAGAUUUAGAGAUACUGAAUGAUAUAACUGAUUUAUCAAACUGUUUUCGAAAGCACAUUUUGUAUUUAUGCCCCCACAAGUCCGAAAUGCAGUUCUGAAGUAGAUUUGUUGUGCAUCAUUCUUUUGAAGAAUUAACUGCAAAAGGAAAAUUAAAGAAACCAGGAACUUCCAUGGUGAGCACUUUUUCUGUCCUAUGUUGAGUUGCAGUUGAGAUGGGACAUAUUAAAGGGCUUGUCCCUUAAUGAAAGUAAUGAAACAUUAUUGACAUAAAAGUCCAAGUUCAUGCAAAUGUUUUUUUCUCAGCAUUGUGAAUUAUGGAGGGUUUUACUGAAACAUAAUUUUUGUUUUUAUUGCAAGAAAAAAAAAUAGCUGAGAGCAUUGAUAAGUGUUGUUCCAGUGUUAAGGAUGUCAAGAAUGAGGGCCAAAAGUGUUGUCAAGUUGAUACUGGACCAGUCAAAAUAGUUUAAGAAUUUUCCCUUUAUCACCUCUAUUUUGCAUUUAAACACUCCACUCCAUUAAAGUUAUC